AUGAAUCAAUCAAGUUUCAACGGUCGUAGCCCAUCGACAGUUGCUGCAAUUACAUUCAUCGCAGACCAGGCGCUGACGGCAAUCGCCAUUGUGAUAGGAUUUGGAGGAAACGCUAAAGUUUGUUAUUUUUUCGUUCAGCGUCAAGACCUACGAAAGGUUCCUCACUAUUUAUUCGCUAGUUUGGCAGUUAAUGGAAUCAUUUCAUCUUUGUUCACUCUACCCUCUCGCUUAGCAAUGUUCGCCUCAGUCGGACUAGGCAGAAUUGAUUAUGCUGAACGCGCCUUAAAUAUCACGGGACCAAGUAGCUUUCUUUGCGCAGUUGUGAAUUUUGUGACCUUAUCGCUAAUGGCAAUUGAUCGACAAGAUUGUGUUUUGCGUCCGUUUAACCGACGCAUAACGCCAAGCAAUGUGAAGUUUUUCAUAGCUGGAAAAUGGAUAGGAGCUCUACUUGUAACUUCAGUUUUAAUUUUCGUUGUUUUGUUUGACCAAUCAGUUAACCCUGUAACCUUUUUUGCCAAAAUGUCAGACCUGAAACGCAACCCUAUUUUCAUCUAUCAUAUCUUGGGCGUAGUUUUAAAUGUGAUAACCUUAAUUAUCGUUAUUGUAACCGCUAUUCGCGUUAUAAAAAGGAUUCGCUCGUCCACUUUGCCUGAUGCAGCGAGUCUUCACAGACGCCAAGAAAACAAACUGACAUGGCUGACUUAUAAGAUCAGUGGUGUAUGCGUCGCAUGUUGGGUGCCACAGUUUAUUUGCACUGGUUUAUUAGCUUCAGGUGUUCAUAGGGACAUGGCAAUCAACGCAGUGGUGAUAACAUCAACUGUUGGAUAUUACAACUAUGUUUUGAAUCCUCUGGUGUAUCGUGGUAUAAUGCGAACACAAAAGAGAAUAAUAUUUCUAGGCAAGCCGACAGACAUGCCUUCCGUUCAGACAAAAGGGGACCUUCCCACCCACAGUCAAGAAAUGUACUCUUUUCCAGAAAAAGCGUCGAGAGAGAUUUAUAUAGAUCCAACAGAAAAAAACUCUAGUGAAGUUGACAUUUGA